AUGUCACCUGACGACAACGACGAGAGGCCGGCCAUGACCAUUCAUGGGCCUGUGAGCCUCGCGAGUCUUGGGCUCGGGUGCGCUGUUGUUCGAACCAUGAACACAAAGGACGAACGGGUUGGUGUAGUAGAAUCGAAUGAUGCCGUGAGCGGCGUCGGCUCAUCAUCCGCAGCCGCGCCCGGCACCUCGCCACAGCACUCAGCCUAA